AUGGUGAGGGAAGUUUCAGAGAGUUGCGUCGAUAGCUUGAUGACAGAAAUGGUUGCGUGCUAUUGCAAUCGAUUCUACGCCAACAAACCUGAGCUCGCUGCCCGUAGGAUCGAAGCCAUUGGUUAUCAGGUCGGUCAACAGCUCUCUGAAAGAUAUACGAUGGAGCGGCCUCGGUUUGGUGAUCAUUUGGAAGCAAUCAAGUUUAUUUGCAAGGAUUUUUGGUCUGAGGUAUUUAAGAAGCAGAUUGACAACUUGAAAACUAACCAUAGGGGUACAUUUGUGUUGCAAGAUAAUAAAUUUCCCUGGCUUGCACGGAUGUCGGUUGAUCCAUCUGCUGACAAUGUUAGUUCAGUCGAGGAUUAUUCUGCACCUACGGCCGAAAGUAAGGCAGCACAGGCUAUGAGCAUGCAUUUGUAUUUCCCGUGCGGGAUCAUUAGAGGAGCUCUUUCCAAUUUGGGAAUUCCAUGUGCAGUUUCUGCAGACAUAUCAAGCCUUCCAGCAUGUUCAUUUGUGGUCCGUAUAAAAGCUUGA